GACAUUGCAGCAGCGUGUUUACAUUAUACCGUCGACUAUGGACAAGCGAAUCAAAAGCGUAUGUAAUCGGUCUAUAUCCGAUAUACAAAAUGAGAUAGAGAAAGAGAAAGCACUGACAGUCGAUCUGCUACAAUCUACCAGAGAUUGGGAUGAUAUGAUCGAAGAAUUUGAGGACAGCUUUAAAAUAGAAUCUGAAGUGGAUUCAGGAGGAACAUGGAAAACAAGGUAUGCUUACCAGCUUUUACAUAACCGGAUGUUACGUGAGCAGAUUAAAGAGAUGAAGACCGAAAGACAGAAGUUAAAACAGGGCCAGUUCAAACUUCCUGCUGACGUUGAUUGGGAUAAACUGACUCCAGCAGAAUGCAGACGACAACUGAAAGCAAUGCACAUUGAAAUAACAUCGCUAAGAGGACAUAGGAAAAGUAUAGAGGAGAAGUUGGAUUGUGAGUCGUAUGCCUACAACACGACACGUGACAAGUGUGAUAGUAUACUGAACGACGUCUGGUUUCAACAACAAUGUAGAAUACGGGACUUAGAAAAUAGCGACCGGCGCACAAUGAGUCAGUACAACAUUUCAAAAGGGAAUGAUAACCACUUGGACAAAGAUGGUAGAGUCCGGCUACCAGCGAUUUCUCCUAAAUCUUUGUCUCGUAUUGAAUCGUACCGGGCGGCUUUUGAUAAGGUUAGAAUAAAGAAAAACAAACAGAAAAAGAUAGCCAAGACAGAAAGGAAAGUAAGCUUCCAUUUUGAUGUUACCUGAUCAAACAGAAAUAAGUUUUCUAUAAAUUUUACUAAUAUCAUGAGCGCCGCGCGCCUGCAGACGAUGGCUACCAGGAUCGAUGGGGAGCCGAGUCCUUUAACUACACAUAGAUAUGGGGAUUUUAUAAUCACAACAGAUGACAAUUCAUCUACACGUCAAGUGAAGACAAUUGGCCACUAUGUUUGCACGUCAAAAGAAGAUUAUACAUCACUGUGACUACACGUCAAAAAAGAUAAUACAUCACCAUAAUUUCACGUCAACAGAAGUUAAUAUUUCAAUAUUACUACACGUCAAAAGAAGAUAAUGAAUCACCAUGACUACUCGUCAACAGAAGCCACAAUUUCAUCCUGAAUACAUGUCAAGAGAGGAAAAUACACCGCCCCGACUUCACGUCAAACGGAGAUUAUACAUCACCAUGAUUAUACAUCAACGAAAGAUAAUAUUUCACCAUGACUACACGUCAAGAGAAGGUUAUAAUUCACCAUGACUACACACCAGCAAAAGCAAAUAUUUCACCAUAACUACACUCCAAAAGAAUAAAAUAAACCACCCCGACUACACGUCAAAGUAAGAUUAUACAUCACCAAGAUUACAAGUCAACAGGAGCCAAUAUUUCACCAUGAUGUAUGUCAAGAGAGGAUCAUAAUUCACCAUAAUUACACGUCAAGAGAAGGUAUUAAUGCAUCAUGAAUAUACGUCAUGAGAAGCCAAUUUGUUACCAUUACUAUAAGUCAAGAGAAUAUCAGAAUUGUCUAUGACUUCAAACGUCUGAGAUCAAGGGCAAUUACAGUUCAAGGGCAAAACUAUUUAGAGUUUGGUGAAUGCUGUGAUCGAUAUUCAUUUGUAGAUGUACACUUGCAACCGUACAUUUAGACGUUUGUCUUCAUAUUAAACAACUUUGUCAUAAAAUUCUCACAAUAUAGUUUUUUCAUAUUAUUUAAUUUUUCAUAAAAGUAAAAUGAAUCUCGUAU